GGGCAGGAUUAGCAGUCAUACGACGUGCUACAGUAAGUCCGGGUAUCUACGCAGGCGUCAAUUGUUAACAAGUGCACAGUGCCACGUCGUGCUGCCACCUCGUAGCUGCCCCGCGGUAACAACAUCUGGACCCAACAUUAUGUCGUUCCAAUUUCCAGAUGCGCCGAGUAGAGCAGUCAUUGACGAUUAUAUAUGGGCGAAUCACAUUCUGAAGAGUCAUGGCGUAUUAGAUCCGCGGGGAUACCUUUCAAUUCGUCACCCAAAUGACCCGACGAGAUUCUUUAUGGCAUCCGCGACAGAACCUUCCGCCCAGUUCUCGUUAUAACCGGAACCUUUGCUUUAUACGAUAUCUCUUCAAGAGAAACUCUGGGAUCCAUGGACCUGGCAUUCUGUUCCAGAAUGGUACAUUCACGGUAUGAUAUACCACCUGUAUCCGAAGAUGCGGGCCAUAGUGCACUCCCACUCAACCCUUGCGAGUUCGUUUACGGCUACAAAGAAGCAAAUCCCAAUCCGACCUGUUUUGAACGAGGCAUAUUUUCUGGGGACAACGGAACCCCCAAUCUUCCAAUGGCUCAACCCAUUGCAGAGAGAAGAAACAGCCGGAACCCCUAGAAGUCUACAUUCCAACAUCGCUCAAUACAUGGCCACUCUCUUUCUGCACCCCGAGGCUCGCGAAACGGUCCUCCAGAAGAUUAACGAACCUCACCCAACAUCGAUGUCAUACCACACCAGAAGGGAGCUCCUUACCAUCAACCCCGUCGUGCUUGUACAAGGGGAGGGCUUUUUUUGCACAGCCAAAACUCUAGAGGAAGUCGUGUCCAGAGCAGUGUACACUCAGAAGAACUUCGUCGCCUUAAAGGACGCAAUCGCUCUCGCUGGAGGAGAUCACACAAGAGUAAAGUUUCUCAGCAAGCAAGAAUGCAAAGCUGCCGCCCGAUAUCUGUCGCAGCUCAAUCUUUCCAGAUCUAGGGAGCGAUUCUUGGCUUGGAAGGCGGCCGUGAGUGCUUUGCCGGAUCUCUGGGGCCCUUUCUCAGUGGCCACGGUCGUCUUCCACCUCCGCCUCCAACAAGAAAUAGGAAGUAGCAGAGUUUCGUCAUCAUGGCUACCAAAUUUCACUGCGCCCUUGACGCCGUACGGUCAUGAAGCGGAACUGGGCAGCUCGAUCGAGACCUUGGAACAAUACCCGAAGAGUGAGCCAGAAGACUGGUCGGAGACUCUGCAAGAGAAUGUAUACGAACUGGGAGCAGAGGCUCUAGGAGGCCCAAGCGUUGCUAGACAACCGGAUAUCCUGCCAGCAGCGAAAUCAUUGUCAAGCACUUGGAUGACUGCCACAGACAGUCUUGAUGGCUUAGGACAACGAAAUCGUCAGCCCGACGGACUGCCAAAUGGCUAUCCACAUGACAUUUCCACUUCUGGAUUAACAAUGAACGAGGAAAAUGUUAGGAUACUGGACACAAUGGAGGUUUCCCGGCUACCUAGUCGCCUUGCGGAUCGGGUGAGUGUUCGACGACUGAUAGACUGGUCGCGCAAACGCAUUCUGUCUCGGAUUCAGAGGGUCUGGAAUUGAGUUAAAAACGUAUAGGAUCGUGCCGGCAUUCAGUAUUAAUUCUCCUGGCAGGACUCGUUGGGGUCGUGAAGGCCAUUCUCCUAUCAAGCGGAUGGGCUGAUGAAGAACCAUAUCCUUCUCUGGCUUCUGGGAUCGACGUAUGAUCAGUCUCCUGUUUAUCUGAGUAAAGGUAUCGUUCGUUCCUUUUCCAACGUGGUAG